AUGAAUCACGACCAAAAGCAUCACGAGGCCACAGCAUCCACCAGCGCCGUGGCCCCAUGUUUGAAAAGCACGGGUAAAGGUGCCAAGAAACGCCGUGGCGGCAUCCUUAUAGGUGAUGAGGAGGCCGAGGCGGAUGAAGACGACGAGGAAGAGAACGAUGAGAGUGGCAGUGGUCGACCUCCUGCGCCUCUCGGGUCUGGCUGUCCUCGACAUCGUCUGCGUUAA